AUGGAAUCUAAUCUAGAGAUGGCUAAGUUAGAAGCAGAGAAACAGAGGUUGGAGAUGCAGAAUCGCCAAAAACAGCUGGAGUUGGAGACUCAGCAGCAGAUGCUUGAGGCUCAGAACCAGGAAAGACAACUUGAGAUUGAGGCUCAGAACCAGCAAAGACAACAUGAGAUUGAGGCUCAGAACCAGCAAAGACAACUUGAGAUUGAGGCUCAGAACCAGCAAAGACAACAUGAGAUUGAGGCUCAGAACCAGCAAAGACAACUUGAGAUUGAGGCUCGGAACCAGCAAAGACAACAUGAGAUUGAGGCUCAGAACCAGCAAAGACAACAUGAGAUUGAGGCUCAGAACCAGCAAAGACAACUUGAGAUUGAGGCUCAGAACCAGCAAAGACAACUUGAGAUUGAGGCUCAGAACCAGCAAAGACAACUUGAGAUUGAGGCUCAGAACCAGCAAAGACAACUUGAGAUUGAGGCUCAGAACCAGCAAAGACAACAUGAGAUUGAGGCUCAGAACCAGCAAAGACAACUUGAGAUUGAGGCUCAGAACCAGCAAAGACAACUUGAGAUUGAGGCUCAGAACCAGCAAAGACAACUUGAGAUUGAGGCUCAGAACCAGCAAAGACAACUUGAGAUUGAGGCUCAGAACCAGCAAAGACAACUUAAGAUUGAGGCUCAGAACCAGCAAAGACAACUUAAGAUUGAGGCUCAGAACCAGCAAAGACAACUUGAGAGUGAGGCUCAGAACCAGCAAAGACAACUUGAGAUUGAGGCUCAGAACCAGCAAAGACAAGUUGAGAUUGAGGCUCAGAACCAGCAAAGACAACUUGAGGGUGAGGCUCAGAACCAGCAAAGACAACUUAAGAUUGAGGAUCAGAACCAGCAAAGACAACUUGAGAGUGAGGCUCAGAACCAGCAAAGACAAGUUGAGAUUGAGGCUCAGAACCAGCAAAGACCACUUGAGAUUGAGGCUCGGAACCAGCAAAGACAACAUGAGAUUGAGGCUCAGAACCAGCAAAGACAACAUGAGAUUGAGGCUCAGAACCAGCAAAGACAACUUGAGAUUGAGGCUCAGAACCAGCAAAGACAACUUGAGAUUGAGGCUCAGAACCAGCAAAGACAACUUGAGAUUGAGGCUCAGAACCAGCAAAGACAACUUGAGAUUGAGGCUCAGAACCAGCAAAGACAACAUGAGAUUGAGGCUCAGAACCAGCAAAGACAACUUGAGAUUGAGGCUCAGAACCAGCAAAGACAACUUGAGAUUGAGGCUCAGAACCAGCAAAGACAACUUGAGAUUGAGGCUCAGAACCAGCAAAGACAACUUGAGAUUGAGGCUCAGAACCAGCAAAGACAACUUAAGAUUGAGGCUCAGAACCAGCAAAGACAACUUAAGAUUGAGGCUCAGAACCAGCAAAGACAACUUGAGAGUGAGGCUCAGAACCAGCAAAGACAACUUGAGAUUGAGGCUCAGAACCAGCAAAGACAAGUUGAGAUUGAGGCUCAGAACCAGCAAAGACAACUUGAGGGUGAGGCUCAGAACCAGCAAAGACAACUUAAGAUUGAGGAUCAGAACCAGCAAAGACAACUUGAGAGUGAGGCUCAGAACCAGCAAAGACAAGUUGAGAUUGAGGCUCAGAACCAGCAAAGACAACAUGAGAUUGAGGCUCAGAACCAGCAAAGACAACUUGAGAUUGAGGCUCAGAACCAGCAAAGACAACUUGAGAUUGAGGCUCAGAACCAGCAAAGACAACUUGAGAUUGAGGCUCAGAACCAGCAAAGACAACUUGAGAUUGAGGCUCAGAACCAGCAAAGACAACAUGAGAUUGAGGCUCAGAACCAGCAAAGACAACUUGAGAUUGAGGCUCAGAACCAGCAAAGACAACUUGAGAUUGAGGCUCAGAACCAGCAAAGACAACUUGAGACUGAGGCUCAGAACCAGCAAAGACAACUUGAGAUUGAGGCUCAGAACCAGCAAAGACAACUUGAGAUUGAGGCUCAGAACCAGCAAAGACAACUUAAGAUUGAGGCUCAGAACCAGCAAAGACAACUUGAGGGUGAGGCUCAGAACCAGCAAAGACAACUUGAGAGUGAGGCUCAGAACCAGCAAAGACAAGUUGAGAUUGAGGCUCAGAACCAGCAAAGACAAGUUGAGAUUGAGGCUCAGAACCAGCAAAGACAACUUGAGAGUGAGGCUCAGAACCAGCAAAGACAAGUUGAGAUUGAAGCUCAGAACCAGCAAAGACAAGUUGAGAUUGAGGCUCAGAACCAGCAAAGACAAGUUGAGAUUGAGGCUCAGAACCAGCAAAGACAAGUUAAGAUUGAAGCUCAGAACCAGCAAAGACAAGUUGAGAUUGAGGCUCAGAACCAGCAAAGACAAGUUGAGAUUGAGGCUCAGAACCAGCAAAGACAACUUGAGAGUGAGGCUCAGAACCAGCAAAGACAAGUUGAGAUUGAGGCUCAGAACCAGCAAAGACAAGUUGAGAUUGAGGCUCAGAACCAGCAAAGACAACUUGAGAUUGAGGCUCAGAACCAGCAAAGACAACUUAAGAUUGAAGCUCAAAUCAACAAAAACAAGCAGAACUAG